AAGAGGUUCAAGUUUGACGACCUCGAUAUCGAAGACCAUUUUGACAAUACUGAUCCAUACGAGGCGCCGAAAGCAAUGAAAUCGCGCCUUGAUUAUACUGGAAGAGACCUCAUCUCAGUGUUAUGCCAGCACGUUGAGCUUGCUGUUGAGCUGGGCAAACAUCUCAACGGCAGGGACGUGCUGAACCUCUGUCUCGCAAAUCGUCCCUUUUACUCCGUCGUCAACGUCUAUCUUCUUUCUAGCAUCCGCACGUGGAUCGAACACAGGGCGCCAGAAGCGGGACGCAUUUUCCACUACCAGCUUUACGCCAGGCAUCUUGUUGACGAUCCGCAGAGAAGAACUUGGAUGGCUUUGAAGCAGGGCAUGACCACGUCGCCGACCAAGGACAGCAAGAUUCGCAAAGUGCCUGGACUCAAGUAUCUGCAGCUGGUCCUGGGUCGGGACAAGUACUGCAAGGAGAUUCUCGCCAUCAUGGCUCGAUGCGGUCAUCGCAUGCCGACGACGAUGCAUCACUCGCUGCUGCGGCUCUGGCUUCUCAUGGACAUUUCUACAUCUCACCAGAGGCAGGCGAUGCUACGAAUGACGCACCUAUUCAAAGAUGUCGACCUCUAUAACAUGCAAAUGUUCAUCAUCAAGCUGGGCAUGCUCUUUAAUGACCCCGUCUAUGGCCCUUGCAAAUAUGACUUGGUGCAGCUUAUGCUGGGCCAGAAAGGUCUUUACAAAUUAUGGCAGCUUCUUACCCGCAAGAAAUUCAAUAAGCUUUCCGACAUUCUGGAGCUCAAGCUGCGUUACGACUUCGAUUUUUUCAGCGAAGGCGGCUACUGGUUGGAAAACUUGCUGAGCCAUAUCCAGGGCAUCCCAUUUCAGGAAAUUGGCCAGCAGCACAAGGAGGGCUGGGGAGCAGGCCGAGCACAUCUUCUUCGACCAGACGAAGUUAUUCCCAUCGAAGCAGUUCGCAGGGGGCUUCACCUCGACGAACACCUGAGCCAAAUGAUGGUUUGGGGAUACUUUGAUUGGAGGACGGGAGAGAACAUUGUGCCCUCCAUGGAAGAGAUGUAUAUCGAGGAUGAAGACGAUGCUCUUGCAAACGUUGAUACGCUGGAGCACUGGAAGCCAAGGCAUGUUUUGAAGAAGCGCUGGGACGACCUCACCCCCGAGCAGCAGGAUGAGAUCCUCUCUGAUGAAGAAGACGAGCGGCUGCGGGCCCAAGCCUGGUGCGGUAACUCGGACGACGAUGCCGGCAGUUUGGAUGGCGCCUCCGAUUCUGGUUCUGAUAAAUCCUUCGACCUCGACGAAGAAAUCAACCGCGGUUUCAUCGUACCU